GGCUUACAUCAUUUCCGUGGAGUGUGUGCGGAAAGGAACUGAGACCGAGGAGAUCAGUAACAUACGGCCCUCUUAAGUUUGGAGAUUAUAAUAAAAGUAGAGCUUCCAUUUGGCUUGGGUGUCCUCCCAAAGAUUGAAUGCAGUAGAUGUUAAUUGUUCCAGGACAGCUCCCAAGGUUACAGAGUUCUUUGAUGUCAAAGGUGUCUCAAAACUAAGCAUUUGCAUGUGUGCAGAGCAUAUUUUCUUUUCAAAUGGCUGAAAACCUGGCAAAUGUUGUGCAUGAACAGAUUUCGGAGGAUUUUCCAGAUGUUCAUCGAAGCAAUGGGAAUGAAGGAACAGAGAGACGAAGGACUGAGGUCAGAGAGGCAGAGUCAAAUGGACAGCCUGCCUCACGACCUUCCCAACCUGUGGAGAGUGAGGAAGACGAGGAUGAAGAACUGACCUUGAAAUAUGGAGCAAAACAUGUCAUUAUGCUCUUUGUCCCAGUCACACUGUGCAUGGUGGUGGUUGUCGCAACCAUCAAAUCUGUCAGCUUUUACACUAAGAAAGAUGGGCAAUUGAUAUAUACUCCAUUCCCAGAAGAGACGGACACAGUAGGACAAAGAGCUCUGAACUCCAUUCUAAAUGCUACGAUCAUGAUCAGUGUCAUCAUUGUCAUGACACUACUUCUGGUUGCCCUCUACAAGUAUCGUUGCUAUAAGGUCAUUCAUGGCUGGCUAAUCAUCUCAUCAUUGCUAUUACUGUUCUUUUUUUCCUACAUUUAUCUAGGGGAGGUCUUUAAGACAUACAAUGUGGGAAUGGACUACAUUACAUUGACUCUGAUUAUCUGGAAUUUUGGUGUUGUUGGGAUGAUCUGUAUACACUGGAAGGGGCCUCUGCGCCUCCAGCAAGCCUAUCUGAUCAUGAUCAGUGCUCUCAUGGCCCUUGUCUUCAUCAAGUACCUGCCCGAGUGGACCGCUUGGUUAAUUUUAGCUGUUAUUUCAGUGUAUGAUCUUGUUGCUGUGCUUUGCCCGAAGGGUCCGCUCCGAAUGCUGGUAGAGACUGCCCAAGAGAGGAAUGAGCCAAUAUUUCCAGCUCUCAUUUACUCUUCUACAAUGGUGUGGUUGGUAGGCAUGGCUGAUGGAGAUGCUGAAUCCCAGAAAAAGCAGACUCCUAGGCUGGCAGCACCAGAUUCUCAGGUUUCAACAGGCCAGGAGGAUGAUGGAGGCUUUUCAUCACAAUGGGUUGACGAACAGAGUGAUGUACUGGGGACCUCUGAGUCGACUGAAGAGACACGUAGAGAAAUACAGCAGAUGCCUAAUUCUCGGCCUCCUGCUGAUCAGAAUGAUGACGCAGAAGAGAGAGGUGUGAAGCUUGGACUGGGGGAUUUUAUCUUCUACAGUGUGCUAGUAGGAAAAGCUUCUGCCACAGCUAGUGGUGAUUGGAAUACCACUCUGGCAUGCUUUGUUGCCAUUCUUAUUGGCCUGUGCCUAACAUUGCUGCUUCUGGCAAUCUUUAAGAAGGCCCUUCCUGCCCUCCCCAUCUCCAUCACCUUUGGCCUCAUCUUCUAUUUUGCUACUGACAACCUUGUGCGCCCUUUCAUGGACCAAUUAGCUCUUCAUCAGUUUUACAUAUAGCACUGAGACCCCUUCGCAGUGCACCGCUGCUAACAAACCAGAACUAAAAGUAAUAAUAAUACUGGAGAAGUGGAAGCCUUCAAUAUCACCUCAGGAGCAAAAAGAGAUUAAACCAUUCUGGAAACUUGAUUUAUAUUUUUCCUUUGGUUGGUGUGUGCAGUCUAGAUGGUUUCAAGUGUUCCCAUCUUCUGUGGGUUGGAAAAUAAGUGGCUUUGGUCUAAUACAGAAUUGAAGGUGUGCCUCUUACACCACCUUAAAAGACCGUGCAUCUCACGGUGUUAGAGGCUCUUUUUGGUCUGUCAUUUCAAGCUGUGAUUUUUUUUUUUUUUUUUUUUUCUUUUCCCUGUGUUUUCACCCCUUUUAGGGGGCUUGUUUUAGAUGGAGAAGCCUACUUUGUGAUGUGAUGUUCUGUAGCAUUGCAUCAAACAGUAAACUAGGGAGGUUAUGUAAAUUGGUUCAGUUACCACUGAUAUUUACCUGGGACUCCCUAGUCAUCUCGUAGACCACAGGCUCAGCAACUGUCAACCUAUUGGAGCAAGAGGGAGCAUGAAUCAACCAGAGAAUCGCACAUUUUGGCAAAUAGCAUUAAACAAGAACUGGGGUGCCACUUCUUACUGGAAAAGUAGAGGGUGAAAACUGCCUUCGUUAUUAAUCUGUGGUGCUUGGGCUGCAUUUGUAAGAGGAAGUGUGUUAAGAGUGGUGUUUCUGGAAGCUGUUCUGACUUGAUCAGAUUCCUUACAGCCUAUGCACUGAUGAUUUUUUUUUUUUUUUUGAUGUAAAUCUUUACUUUAUAUUUUCAGUAUAUACACUGGUCUGUAAAUAAGAAACUGCUGCUUAUACCCCUGGCCUGAAUUUCUACAGGCUAAUGAUUCUCAUGUUAAUUUAUAUGAACAAACAAAAUUUCACUUUUGAUAUAAAUUUUGUGAAGAAGUUUUUCUUCUGGUAGUGAAGAAUGAAAUAAAAGACUGCAUGCCUUCUG